AGGGACCACAUCCAGCUUUUCUUCCCUCCCAUGAGCCCAGCAGGGAAGGCUCAGUAUAAAUAGCAGCCACCUCUCCCUGGCAGCAGGGACCAGUAGCUCGGCUCCAGCACAGAUCAGCACCAUGAAGCUUCUCACGGGCCUGGUUUUCUGCUCUUUGGUUCUGGGUGUCCACAGCUGGUUUUCAUUCAUUGGCGAGGCUUUUGGUGGGGCUCGGGACAUGUGGAGAGCCUACUCUGACAUGAGAGAAGCCAAUUACAUCGGCGCAGACAAAUACUUCCACGCUCGGGGGAACUAUGACGCUGCCCAAAGGGGACCUGGGGGUGCCUGGGCUGCAAGAGUGAUCAGCGAUGCCAGAGAAGAUCUCCAGCAACUCUUUGGCCAUGGUGCGGAGGACUCGCUGGCUGACCAGGCUGCCAACGAAUGGGGCCGGAGUGGCAAAGACCCCAAUCACUUCCGACCUGAAGGCCUGCCGGAGAAAUACUGAGCUUCCUCUUCACUCUGCCCUCAGGAGACCUGGCUGUGAGCCCCCCAGGGCAGGGAUACAGAGUCAUUGAGCUCCGUGUCCACAGAAGCUGGGAUAUGGCACACAAUAAGCAUCUAAUAAAUGCUUAAGUGGUUGAAUCUGU